ACCAGCUCGUCACCAUCCUGCACGAGCGCCUCCAGCGACCAGUCCAGCGCCUCUUUUCCGCUCUCGUCGGGUCCCGCAGCGCACAGAAACACGCGCGUGUGGCGGUUCCUCACAUACCCCGCCGUCUUGACUUGCAGUGUAAACGAGAACAUGGACGCGACGGGGUUCUCGAAUGUGUCGAAAGAGACUUUCGGGGUGUAGCCCGGCGCUACGGCGGGCGGCACGACAUUUGGGGGAUGCGGAGAGAGCGAUGGAAGGGGCGGGGACAUGAACACAGGAGAACUGGGAUCUCCGGAGGAGGGUGAAGGAGAGCGGCUGGUGACAUGCUUCAGAACUGAGCGGAGCCCCGCUGAAGAGUCGCGAUGGGAGGCAUAGAGCGGCGGGGCGUGUAGCGGUUGUUCGGACAUUAGUGAGUAGCUUCGAGUGGUGGUGGUAUCUGCAGAGAUGUAACACAGCCGUUGGCGGAGAUUUAAUUUUGUCCGUGCACUGGGCCGGCUGAGACCCACGCUGAAUCUGGAUUGCUCUCAUCACUCGGUUCCGAAUCCUCCAUCACCCUUGUCUGUGCUAUCCUCCCAUACUUACCCACUUUUUCUUUAUCUUCCCCUCCUUAGAUUCACGAUUUUCGGACUCGGUCAUGGCAAAGAACAAAAAAGUGAAGGAGAAAGAGAAAGAAAAGGAGAAGGAGAAGGAGAAACCAAGGCUCGAAGAGGUACCGGAGGAAGUGGAAGAACCCGAGGAAGAGUUCCAUGACUACAGCGCCGAGGAGGAGGGGGCAUUAGGAUACGGCGAAUACGAUGGCUGGAACGCGACAGGUGCUAGCAUCAAACCACCCGCGCAGGACAUGGGCGUUCCGGGCGGGUGGGGCGCGGCCGAACCGGGCUGGGAGCAGGCAUCACCCGAGUGGGGCACAGGCGCUGUCUCCGCAGGCGCAGCGCCCAUCCCGCCGCCUGCUGCCACACACGCGCCGAUCCCACCACCCGCUCAAAUGAAUCCACCAAUUCCGCCCCCAGCCCAACUGCAUCCGCCCUAUCCCGUCGCCGCACACGCGGCAGCGAUUCCCGCGACUAACAGGGCACCCCCAAUACCGUCUGCUAAGAACCCAGCCCCGCCAUCCAAGGGCCAUCAGAAGGUCGCGGCCAAGGGCUGGGAGGGUUGGGGUGCGGAAGCGGGCGGCCAAAAUUGGGGUUCCGGAGCUGCAGAAUGGGGCGCCGGCGGUGGCGCCCCUCCUCCCAGUCCACAGCCAGCUGUGGCCAGUGGAUGGGCCCGAGCGGCUGAAGCUCAGUGGAAGACCGCCCCUCCACUCGCCGCGUCGGCUCCAAAACAGUGGUCCGUGCCGACGGUUCCCGCUGCUGCCGCCGCACCGAAGACAGGCCACUGGACAACGUGGGGUGAAGAGUUGAAGCGAUUACCAAAAUCGACUUCCAUGGGAGCUUCCGCUUCCGCUUUUAUGCCCGCUCCCGCUGCUUAUCCGGGUGCUGCCCCCGUGAACAAGCAGCAACAAAACCAGAUGCUCUACGCGCAGGCGCAGUCUGAGAUGAUGAAGGGAAUGUUCAGCCACCCUGGACGCGACGGCCGCGCGGUGGCGUUUGAGGAGCCCAGGUCGAGCCCCCACCAACAGCCGUAUCCUGGAUUGUACGCGCAGUCUCAGCCGCAGUCCAAGAAGAACAAGCAGAAGAACGAUGGCUGGGGAGCACCCACUGAAGCGGCUGGGGGAUGGGGUGCAGAAGGCGCUUGGGGAGACGGCGGCGGCGGCGGCGGCGGCGGCAGCAGCGGGGGUUGGGGAACUAGUGGUGGUGGUGGUUGGGGCGAUGCUGGUGGCGGCGGUGAUUGGGGCGGCAACGAUUCAGGAGGCUGGGGCGCCAAAGAAACUCCCCAUGGCCUAGGGUCCAAAGCUGCCGCGUGGGGUAACGAAGUUGGUGGCGGGUGGGGGAAGCAGACGGGUGGAGAAUGGGGAAACGAAACCAAUGCGGGAUGGGGAAACGAAGCUGGUGCAGGAUGGGGAAAGGAAACUGGUGGAGGAUAUGGCGGUACGGGAGCGAACGACUGGGGCGGCGGAGGCGGAGGCGGUGGAGGCUGGGGCAACGGCGGCGGCGAUGACGACUGGGGCGACGAGGAAUACGAAAGUGAAUACACCGAGUCUUCCGAAGAGGACGACGAUCGAAACGGAAUGCAUUUCAGCAAGCCGUCAUCGAAUCUCUGGGGCGGGCACCAACGCGACUCGACGUAUCAAAUGCCCUCGAAAACGCUGGCACACGCCUACAAAGGCACGGCGACGCCCCUGUUCACAGGCUUGCCUCGAAACAAGAUCAGCGAAGGGACGGACAUUCGUUUCAUCGAUUCAAAAGGGGCGGCACUAAAACCCGUGGAACAAGCCAUCUUCGGGCGAACGCGAUACGCGCGAGAUCGGAUCCACUGGAUGUUCUCGCCUCAGAAGGAUGAGCGCGUUGCCUCGCUGCUGUCCUGGAUCGAAGUCGUGUCGUACCGCCUCGCAGCGUAUGGGGUAAAGCGUCUCGUUACACGAAUAUUGUGUGCAUUGGUGACGUUUUGCCAGCUGCACCGCUUCCUGCAGAGUCGCGAGCGGGGUGCACUGCUCGUCAGCGCCGAAUACAGGCCAAUCAACCACCCUCAAGAGCCGGCGUUCGACUGGUUGACGUUCGACCAACUGCAGGCGUCGAAGGACAAGAUUCUGCAAGAGUCGGUGGCCUUUUACGAUCCUGCCGUGAUCUGCGUCGUUUUCGUCUAUCUGCCCUCGAAGAGCGGCAACAGCGUCGCGAUGUGGCGCCGCAAGAUCAGAAUCGGCAACGAGACGCGCGCGACGCGGAUAAACGAGAUCAAGCUGGCAAUGGCUGGGCUGCGGAAACAAAAGGACUAUGUCGUGCACGUGGACGAGUCGGUGACCCGCUCUCCCGAGACUUCAGCGUCUGACGCGGCCAGCAGACUACCUCCUGGUCAUAAGAAAGCUGCGAAUUCUGGUAAAGCAGCUGCGACGAAAGCUACGAAAGCUACGAAAAAGCAGGCAGGCUACUCCAGCUCUGCCCGUCCUUAUGCCCCUUACGAACCUGCCUCCGCGAAGAAACCCAAGAAGCGGAAAUGGUGGCAGUUUUUCUGAUACCUCUUGUUUUGAUGGUUGCUUUUUUGUAUUGUGGUUAUCUCCUGCUAUCUGUGUAAAAUCUAGAUGUAUUCUUGUAGUCGCUUUGUGUAAAUCUGUAAAUGACUGAUGCAGACGAAUGAACAAAUUGAUGAUUUGAACGUUUU